UGUGUGUGUGUGUGUGUGUGUGUGUGUAGGUGGGGCGGGACUAGUUAUUAGGGAGUGCUUGAAAGGCGAAUCUGGAGGCAUGAGUGGGUGGAAACUCUUCUUUCCAAGGCAGGCUAUUAGAAAACUUGGCAUCCAGUAAUUAGAGGAGAUGAUGUGGGAGAGAUACAGGGGCAAAAUUAUGGAAAGUCUUGCAAAAGAGAGACAGGAAGUCUGGAAGAGGCAUUAUCUCCGGCUUCUCUGGGGUCAGAUGACUAAUCCAGCACUGUUUGGGAUGGGUAUUUUCCACAUGCAUGGACUUAUAUUUUGAUUUCCUUAACCAGAAAAAGAAAGUAGUUCCAAAGACUAGAAAUACUUCCCACAACAGCAAAGCUACUCGGAGGAACACGCUGGGUAUAUUUCCUAUACCCAGAAAUAUACCCAGUGUGUAUAUUUCAUAGGUAUAUUAAGACCUAUUGCGGCCAUUUCCUCCAGGAUUAUUCUGGGUUGGUGACCUAAUUUGUGUGCCAGUUAUAUAGUCUGCACAUCUCCAUUAUUUAAUUUCCUGAACGGGAAAAAGUAGAGCUCAGUGAACUGCUCUCAUGGCUUCCUGCUGCGACGAUAGUGAAUAGUCAAUAUAACUAUAUUGGAAGUGACUCAGCUGCAUACAUGUUGUUAGAUUACUUGAACAUAUCUGUAUAGAUCUUUGCCAAGUGUACUUUGAACAUACCUGCAAAGACCUUUGCCAAGUGUACUUCUUCCUGUAUGAGGAAUAGAAGUUUGCUCCUUGAGUGCUGCAUGAUCUUUGGGCUCAUUUUACUCUUGUGCGACCCUGGGCCACUAGAAGUCUAAAAGCACUUCUCUCCCGAGAGUGGACUUAUUAUUUUCCUCAUUUCAGGUUGUCAGAAACAGGAAAGGAGAGUGGGGCGUUCUUUCAUUUGUACUGCAGAUUUAUCAAGAAAUUUUGUUUCUUUGUUUUUGUUUGUAUGUUUGGGACAGAGUCUUGCUCUGUUACCUAGGCUGAAGUGCAGUGGCAUAGUCAUAGCUCACUGCAGCCUCAAACUGCUGGGCUCAAGCAGUCCUCUAGCCUCAGCCUCCCGAGUAGCAAGGGCUUGUAAGCACAUGCCACACACCCAACUAAUUUUUAAAUUUUUUGUAGAGGUGGUGGGGGGGGUCUCACUAUAUUGUCAAGGCUGGUCUUGAACUCCUGACCUCAAGCCAUCCUCCUGCCUCAGCCUCCCAAAGUAUUGGGAUUACAGGCAUGAGCCACUACACCUGGCCAAGAAAUGGUUCUUUUGAGUGUACAAGGGAGCAAAUGAUUGAAGCACCACUGUGUAUCAUAUGUUAGACUGGUCAUUGCUGUUGCAAAGAUACAUUUUAGCCAUAGCGCCUUCUCCCAGGAUGCUCAUACAGUAAUAGGAAUAACAGAUUUAUGAGUAGAUAGUCAUAUACACUGUGGUGUACUUGAGAUAUUACUGGAGCACCAAGAGGGUCACCUAACCCUGCUUCCUGGAGGAGAGACCUGCUUCAGUCUUGAAAGAUGAAAAUCAGGACCUUUGAUAUUUAGGAAAACUAUGUUUAACUCUACAGAUAUCAAGUUAUCUGUUAAGUCAUUCCAUUGUUCUGGGCCUGUGAAGUUUACCAUAGUGUGGCAUUUGAAGUAUCAUACCUGUCACAAUGAGUAUUCUAAUCUGGAAGAGCUGCUCCAGAAACAUAAACUUAGUGUUGAUGAAGACUUUUGUCAUUAUUUGAAGAAUGACAACUGUUGGACAACAAAAAAUGAGAAUUUAGAUUGCAACAGUGAUUCACAGGUGUUUCCCUCUUUGAAUAAUAAAGAACUAAUAAAUAUCAGAAAUGUUUCAAACCAGGAAAGAUCAACGGAUGUGGUAGCCAGAACACAAAAAGAUGGGUUUCAUAUCUUUAUUGUUUCCAUUAAAACGGAGAAUACAGAUGCAAGCUGGAAUUUGAAUGUUUCUCUUUCUAUGAUUGGGCCUCAUGGAUAUAUCUCUGCAUCAGAUUGGCCCCUAAUGAUUUUUUACAUGGUGAUGUGUAUUGUUUAUAUAUUCUAUGGCAUACUCUGGCUGAUGUGGUCUGCCUGUUAUUGGAAAGACAUAUUAAGAAUCCAGUUCUGGAUUGCAGCUGUUAUUUUCCUGGGAAUGCUUGAAAAAGCAGUUUUUUAUAGUGAAUACCAAAACAUCAGCAACACUGGACUGUCAACCCAAGGCUUAUUGAUAUGUGCGGAGCUGAUUUCUGCGAUGAAGCGGACGCUGGCUCGCCUGCUCGUGAUCAUUGUGAGCCUGGGCUAUGGCAUUGUGAAGCCUCGUUUGGGAACAGUCAUGCACCGGGUGAUCGGAUUGGGGCUUCUCUACUUGAUCUUUGCAGCUGUUGAAGGCGUGAUGAGAGUCAUUGGGGGUUCUAACCAUUUAGCUGUUGUUCUUGAUGACAUUAUUUUAGCAGUUAUUGACUCCAUUUUUGUGUGGUUCAUUUUUAUUAGUUUGGCACAAACUAUGAAGACUCUAAGGCUAAGAAAGAACACUGUGAAAUUUUCAUUAUAUAGACACUUUAAAAAUACUCUGAUCUUUGCUGUGCUGGCUUCUAUAGUGUUUAUGGGGUGGACAACUAAGACAUUUCGAAUUGCAAAAUGCCAGUCAGACUGGAUGGAACGCUGGGUUGACGAUGCAUUUUGGAGCUUCCUUUUUUCGCUUAUCCUUAUUGUAAUCAUGUUUUUGUGGAGACCAUCAGCAAACAAUCAGAGAUAUGCCUUCAUGCCCUUAAUAGAUGAUUCUGAUGAUGAAAUUGAAGAAUUCAUGGUAACUUCUGAAAAUUUAACGGAAGGAAUAAAAUUAAGAGCCUCAAAAUCAGUUUCCAAUGGAACAGCUAAGCCUGCCACUUCUGAGAACUUUGAUGAAGAUUUGAAGUGGGUAGAAGAGAAUAUUCCCUCUUCAUUCACAGAUAUAGCUCUUCCAGUGUUAGUGGAUUCAGAUGAGGAAAUCAUGACCAGAUCUGAAAUGGCUGAAAAAAUGUUCUCUUCAGAAAAGAUAAUGUGAUUGGAACCCAUAUAAGUGAAAUGUAGUUAAGUCUGAAGGACUAUCCUUCAUCAAGACUGAAAGCGAGCUUUGUUUUGAUAUUGCAUAACGAAUUUUUAUUGUGUUAUCUUGGAAGUCUGUGUAUCAAAAUGAAGAAUUCAGGUGGUAGGAGGGUUCUGCAGUCCCUUUAAAGCUGACUCUUGAGUGUCAGUUGAAUAUCUAAUAAAUUGGAUUUGGAAAUAACCUGAGGAAAGUAUUAUGAGAAAGAUCUGCACAGAUGCCUCUUAGCUUACAGGUGGCAGGCCUGUGGGUUUGGGUUCUCUCUCUUUUCUCUGGAACAAAUGACAAUUCCAGAUUACAGAAAAAUGUUUUUUAAUGAACACCCUUGGUCUUUUUUGUAGUCACCUUUGAGGUAGAUAUUGUGAUUUUCUGGAGUAUAGUAUAUCCGUGUCUCUAUGUCUUGGGUUUACUAGAUGCAAUAGUACUUUUCUUUGACAUUUGUACUGAAGUGAUUUGAUAUUAAGUAAAACAGUUAAUGUUUGAAUAUAGGCAUAUUUAUAGGUUUCCUCCCUCCCCCGCUUUAUAAAAAUCUGUACAAAGCCCUUGUUAGAGUCUCAUGCACAUCAAAUCAUGGAGUUAGGUCUUCUCUGAGCUCAGGGGAACAUAAGUGCACAGAGAGAUGUCUUGAGGGUCACUACCAAAGAAUUACCCUCAUUGUCCCUCACUCAGGCCAUGUGUACGUGUGAUGCUGCUGAGUCUGCUGGGGUGGGUGGUGGCCACAUGGCUCCCCCAAAGCACUUCCUACCUGGCAAGCUGGGAGACCCAUUACUGGUGAACUUUGUGGAAAUUAGAACUGUAUCUUUUACAUAAUCUUGGCAUAUUACAUUUCAUAAUAAAAACAUAUUUAUUUGCAUGCCACAUCACUGUUGAUUUUAUAGUUUCUUAACCUUCAACCAUGUUUUGUACCUUAUUUCGUUACAUCGUAUAGUUGUAAUGUGUAAUAUGAAAUCUUUUACUUUAAUAUCUUUUUUUAAAAUGUAGAAUGUUCUAAACUUGAAAGGCAAUUGAAUGUAGUAUGAUGAAAAUGUGAAUGUUUUGCUGCUUUCAUGACCAAAGAUACAGGGGCUAGUGGACAUAUAGAAUAGUAAUUAAAUCUAGAAUCUUGUAUGUCUUGUCUUUGAAGGAGUUCUAACCUUGUAAAUUGAGAAUGACUUCAGAGAAUUUUGAUUAAGAAAAUAUUAAAAUCUUAACCGGCACAAGCACUCCAAUUUUUUUCACUGUGAAGCCGCAAGCAAAUUUUUUUCUUUUUUUUUUUUUUUCAAAAGCCUACCUUCUGAAUUUAUCUCUUGUUUACUCAUUUCAGAGAGGGUAGUAAAGAAGAUAUAUUUCUGGUAGUCAUAUCUCUUGAGAGAUAUUGGCAAAUGUGUUUUCAGUCGUGACCAUGUGGAAAGUGAACAGCGUUGGCAAACAUUACUGAGAAAAUCAUGCUUUUCAAGAUGCCCUUGCCUUGGGGUGUCCUUCCUAGGGAGAAAGAAAGUGUAAUUUAACAAUUGUGAAUUCCGCUUCUUAUUUCAGUUGGUGCUGCAGUAAAGGGUUCCCACCCUCUACAGUUCCCAGCAUUUAUAUUCUGUUGUAUUCUCCCCUUAGCCCAGUAACAUUAUUAUCUAAUACCCCACUCCCCAAGUUUUGAGACAGAUUGACCCCCUAUUCAUUAUGUGGCUCUAGUUGAAUUUUAAGAUGUGGAAUACUGGGCUUGCAGGCAGUAGGAGCUGCAAAUCUGGUAGAGUGGGAGUGAGGAGUUAAUGGUGAGUAUGAUAAUAAGGGAAACUGCGUCUGACAGAACCUCAGUAAUGUUUACCAAAACAUGUCUUUCUACAGCUGGUAGGAUAAAUGAUGCUACCUCUGUAGCUCAGCCACAGGCUGCCGUGCAAACUUUUCUUCCAUCCAGAGAAAGCAGAAUUCCCUCCUAGUAGCCUCAUCACAAAUACUGUUUCUAGAAGGGCAUGUGCUAUUUGUCACCUUCAGUAAUAUUUGUGCCAUCUCUUGAUGGCUGAUGACCUGGAUCGAGUAUUUCUAUGAAGGGCCUUCUUAGGCCCCUCACAUAUGCAAGAGGGGUGCUCUAGUGCCAUAGGUCACAGGACGAACAUCAGGAGAAGUUAUACCUAGGGGUAUUGAGCAGCUCAUCAUCCCUGCUUCUGCUCAAAGUUUCCUGAAGCUGGCCAUCAGGUCCUCUGAGGCACUCAAAUCAGUUUACUUUUAGCAUGCCCCCAUCAGGAUGGGUCUCCCUGUUAGUGAGGGAAUCUGAGGAUACGGGUCUGGUUUGAUGUUUUUCUAGGCAAAAUGCCUAAGUGUUCUAGUUAUGCCAUUCAUAUUAGGUUUAUAUAAUGUGUGAGAUUUGCUUAAAAGGGAAUUUUCAUGAUUUGAUUUAGAUUAGUAUUUAAAUAUCUUCUUUAGACAGCAAUUAAUUUUAUUGCAAAAAUAAGGAAAAACGUGAAUAUGUGAAUUUUUUAAGCUUGAGAGAUGAUAGAAGGUUCCCAUAUUUUUCUUGUAAAGAAAAUAGUAUUUUAACUUACACAUCCUGUAGAAAAUACCACCUUUUCCCCUUAUAUUACAGUACAAUGUUUACACUACUACACUGUCAAGCUGAAAGUAUAAAAAAUGUACAUAUACAUUUUGAUUUAUAUAUCCUUUUAAAAAAAUUGAGUUUGUUGCACUAGGCUGUACAUGACUAAAGUUGACAGAUGCUAUGCUAGAUUUAUAAUCAUUAGUUCUGGUACUUGUGUCUUUGUAUGAUCAAAGCAUGUAAUAAGCAAUACAAAAUACGAAGCCUUAGAAGAAGGUUAACAUACUGGUUAAACAUAUUGAAUGUAUAUAAGUGGCAAAACUAGAUUUUUAAGGAAGCGUACAUUAUAAUAUUGGAGCUCAAUACUGCAUGAAGAAACUUCUUUAAAACUAGGAAACAUUCAUUUGGGGAGAAAUUUUAGGAGUUUAAGAAGUUGUAUUUUUCUAUUUUAAAAAGUUAAAUUAUUCUGUAAUUUGAAAGAAGUUUCGUUGAAUGUAGGACAUAACUAUUUGAAGGGUUUUCAUUUGAAAAAUUGAUGUAUUUUGUGCCUUAAUAUUUUGUUCUUUUAAUAAAAAUGCUCUGAAAUU